GUAGACAGAUCAGCAUUCGCCAAUGCCUAUGUAAGCUCAUACGAAAGAAUCUAUCCUGAUGAUAAACUGAUUGUUUCUUUGCAGGUUGCCGGUCUCAAGGAGGAGCUUAAUCUCGAAGGCAAUCAGUACAAUGUCCUUCUCUCCAUGGCCUCUGCAGGGUAAGUCUUUCUGAGAGCAUCUUUCAAAUCCGUUUAAACAGAGUGGAACAGCAUGUUAGUCGGCCAGAUACCUAGCAGCAUUAUCAUCCAGAAAGUCAGGCCUCGUUUCUGGCUCUCCUCCAUGGUUAUCGUCUGGGCUGGUUGCACAAUGGCAAGCGCUGCCUGUAAAACCUUCGAGCAACUUUGCGCUGUGCGCUUCUUUAUGGGCCUCGCCGAGGCAAGCACUUACGCGGGUUCCAUCUACAUCAUGGGAUGCUGGUAAAUGCUGAUAAACGAUAGCAAGUCCAAUGAACUCGCUAAGAGAGCGGCUACUUUUACUGUUGCUGGUCAGGUUGGCAAAAUGUUCGCCGGUGCCAUGAUGGCAGCGAUUCAUGAAUCCAUGGAUGGCUACGCUGGGCUUGCAGGAUGGCAAUGGGUGUUUUUGAUUGACGGCAUCAUAACAUUUCCAGUCGCCAUAUUUGGCUUCUUCCUUUUCCCCGACAUUCCGGAAAUCACCGAGGCAUUCUACUUGAAAAGCUACGUUUGCUGUGUAUUUUCCGCCCUAUCUUCAGCGAUGCAAGGCUAUAUUGUACAAGGCCUCAUGCUCCUCUUUAUGAAAAGUCAUCAAAAGUCAAACUCUUUCACGCAGUCUCAAGUCAACACAUAUCCUAUCCCAACUCAUGCUAUUGGCAUUGUGGCAGAGCUAGGGGCUUCGGUUAUCAUUGACCGCUAUGACAGGCGUGUCAGCAUCGGUCUGGUCAUUUGCCUGGUUCAAAUUGCCUGCUCGAUCGUCCUCUUGGUGCCUGGGAUGUCUUUGGCCGGGAAUCUCACGGCAUUCUACCUUUCGUCAACAUCAUAUGGUAUAAACCCCCUGCUUUACAGUUGGUCGAGCAACAUUGCUGCAAGAACAGCGGAUGAUGCAGCACGAAGCGUCAUUCUUGCGUCAAUGGCAGCAAGCGAUGGUCUGCUAUGGACCUUCUGGGGCAUCGUUUUGUACCCUGCGAGUGAUGCGCCAUACUGGCGGACUGGAUACAUUGCAAUGAUUUGUGUCUGCGUCGUCCUUAGUUCAUGGCUCUUUCUUGUGCGCUGGUUGGACCGGUACACCGCUCGCAAGCAUCCGGCUCCAGUCCGGCUACUCAAUGCAGAUUCAUCCAUCAUACCUUCUUACAGCUCGACAAACGAGAAGAAGGUUUGA